CGUGCCCACACCCAGCUCAGAGAGCCGCACACUGCAGUGUCUGCGGGACUUUGUCUUCUCAGUGCGGCUGCUUCGGGAGCUUUCUGCGGCAUAACAGCAAGGGACAGCCCCUCUGCACCCCCCUCUGCACCGCCCUCUGCACCCCCCCAGCGGGUCCUCCGCUGUGUGGCUCUGCCCCCUGCGGUCCUCCUGUCAGUGGCAACGGCGUACUGAGCAGCAUCUCCCGGAGAACACUGGCACCAUGAGCAGCACUGUAUUCAAGCAGCAGGUCCACAGCCCUCUGGAGCAGCCCAAGAAACAGAAGCCUGGAGGGGGGGGGGCCCGUCCCCUGUCAGAACUGUGGCAAGCCCUGCAAAGGAGAGGCUCUGCGGGUCCAGAACAAACACUUCCACAUCAAGUGCUUCGCCUGUAAAGUAUGUGGAGCUGAGUUGGCCCAGGGAGGCUUCUUCGUGCGUCAGGGGGAGUACAUCUGUACUCUGGACUACCAGCGAAUGUAUGGGACUCGCUGCUUCAGCUGCCAGGACUUCAUUGAGGGGGAGGUGGUGUCCGCGCUGGGGAAGACCUACCACCCCCGCUGCUUCGUCUGCGCCUCCUGCAAACAGCCGUUCCCCGCCGGCGACAGAGUGACAUUUAACGGGAAGGAGUGUAUCUGCCAGAAGUGUACCGAGCCCCUCCCUGCCAGCAGCCCAGCACCCAUCCAGGCCGUCCACAAUUGCUGCGGCUGUGGGAAGGAGUUUAAGAACGAACAGUCUCUGGUGGCACUGGACAAGCACUGGCACCUCGGCUGCUUCAAAUGCAAAGUGUGCAACAAGGUGCUCAAUGCUGAGUACAUCAGCAAGGAUGGAAUCCCUUUCUGUGAGAUGGACUACCACGCCAUGUUUGGCAUCCAGUGUGAGAGCUGCAAGAACUACAUCACCGGAAAAGUCCUGGAGGCUGGAGAGAAGCACUACCACCCCUCAUGUGCCCGCUGUGCCCGCUGUGAGCAGAUGUUUGCAGAGGGAGAAGAAAUGUACCUGCAAGGCUCCUCCAUAUGGCACCCCCCAUGCAGACAAGCAGCCAAGCAGGAGGAGAAGAGCAAGAAGCAGGUCCGGAUCCAGCUCACUGAAGUCCCUGAGCAGCAGGUGACCCGGACCUCCUCUGAGAGCAUCACCUCGGUCCCAGCCUCCAGCGCCUCAGGCUCCCCCAGCAGAGUCAUCUAUGCCAAACUCGGAGAGGAGAUGCUGGACUACAAGGACCUGGCAGCCCUCCCAAAGACCAAGGCCAUCUACAACAUCGACCGGCCAGACAUGCUGUCCUACUCUCCGUAUGUCAGCUUCCCGUCUGAGGAGAAGCACUACGGAGAGUCCCCACAGCUGCUUCCUUCUACCCCUUCUGAGGGCGAUGGGGAGAAGUCCCCCCGUCAGCGGAGGCCCUCCAGCCCCAGCUCCAACAGCUCUCUGGGGGGCUACGGACGCUACACCCCGUGCCGCUCCCCCCAGAACUACAGCCGUCCAGGGCCAGAGGUAAGCCUUGGGGGUAGACCCAGCAGCCAGGCCCGAGACUCCAGCUCUCUCCCCCUGCCUCCAACCCUCAUGGGGGCCGUUAGGUGCCCCUCCACUGUGGCCAGGGACUCACCUUCUGUCCCUGCUCACUGUCCUGCUGGGGCUGAAGAGCGUGGGGGUGGUGGUGGCAAGUUGUCGCCCACACCAGUAGUGGGCAGUGCAGGCUUGUCCUAUCACCUGAACCCCACCACCCUGGCCAUGCUGCAGCAGCACAACUACAUCCCUUACAUCAGAGGCAGUGAGAGUGGGCGGAGCACCCCCAGCUUAUCCACCUAUUCUGAUGGCAAAUCCCCUUCCUCUACCUCGACAUAUGUGGCUGCUCCGCGGCAUUUCCACGUUCCAGAGACUCUGGUCAAAGAUAAUAUCUAUAGAAAACCCCCCAUCUACAAACAGCAUGCUUCUAGAACAUCCUGGCAGGAUGGGGAGGAUAGUAAGAGGACCAGUUGGAUGAUUUUAAAGAGUGAGAUAGAUGGCCAGAUGGGCCCCGAGGAGCUGGACCCCUGCAAGUCCACCUGCAGCCUGCCCACCGACACCUCGCAGCCCAAUUUCCCCUACAAUAAGACUGCAUCAUUACCUGGCUAUGGGAGGAAUGGCAUCUACAAGGCUGCUGAGAUGAUGGAUGAUGAAGUGGACCCAGACUCCCAAAGCUGGGGAGGCAUGAGAGAAUACAAGAUCUACCCUUAUGAAGUUCUGGCAGUGACGCAUAGAGUGAAAGUGAAGCUUCCCAGGGACGUGGACCGCACCAGACUGGAGAGACAUCUAUCUCCUGAGGACUUCCAACAGGUUUUCUGCAUGACCCUGCAGCAGUUUGACCGCCUGGCCCUCUGGAAGAAGACCGAUCUGAAGAAGAAGGCACGUCUCUUUUAGAAAAAAGAAAAGUGUCUCAAGAAGCAUCCGUCCUGUGUUCCACAAAACCGAAAAAUAAACGCAACCCAUUUGAAAUAUCUAUAUAUGCACCGCCGUGAUACCCCUACUUUCCACCUGUCAAACGCCAUGCCAUCUGCCUGAUGCCGGAGAGGAAGCUGUUCCCUGUGGAACCUUUCACCAUGUUAAAGCAGCAUCUGAAAACGUUUGUAUGCAAUGUGCUCCGAAUGUUUGACUGACAACUCUACAGAUGAGGAUGAGGAGCUGCGUUUGCAUGGCCUGUGUUGAUGCUCCUCGUCUGCAUCCCCCCCCAUCUCCAUGCUUUCAAACACCAUGGCCAAAUAUACGCAUUCAGAAUAAUUCUGGUGCCGGACUAUCCCCAGCUUCAUGUGUUUCUGAGUGUCUUAUGUGCAGCUUCUUAUACUCUGUCAGUCCUGACAUUUGUAUGUUUUUUUAUCAGCAACUAGUUUGUUUCAUCAUCUGUCUCUACAUAACAUUGUUUUGCUUCUCUCAUUUUUCUCUCUUGCUGUCUCUCCAUUAUUUAAAAUGUUCCUUCAUCAAGUCAUUUAAUUGUAACCGUUACUUUAAGGCAGUAAGGCGACCGCAGACUUGAAGAACAAAGAUGAGAAUAAGAAAAACGUCAGUUUCUGUGAUCUCUUUCUUCAAAAACGGUCAAAAAGCACCUUAUCAUACACUGUGUUCCUCGCUGGGGAGUUUUGAUAUGUGUUCCCUUAUCUUACGCAAGCAUCCUGUAAAUCAGCACUGAUAGGAGAGCCGAGGCUGGAUAGGGGCGUGACAUGGCAGUAAAUCACAGAUAGAGAGGGGGGUGUCAAAAAGGAGGAGGCCAAAGGAAGAGCCCUGAAGAAAACAUGUAUCACAGUUUCAGGGUGUGCAGAGGUGUCAACAAACAAAUGAAAAUAUUUUUUAUAAGCUAUUGUUGACUUCUGGAAAGUAUCAUUCAACAGUCAUGAGACACAGCUGAAAGAAAUCAUGAUUUUGUUACAUGGGGAAAAAAAGCCCAUGCUGACUUCUUUGUGUGCUGCUUCACAGACCUGCAGCAGCACUUCUGCAUUAUAGGUGGGGAUUUGCUUGAUUUAACUCAAAGCUCUAGCUGUGUUAUAUCUUCCUCAGAUAGAUAUUUACCUCCUGUAUAUGUUUGUUGUUUGUUUGGAAGCUUUGUUGCAUACAGUAAAAGCUCCACAUUUAAGCUGAAGUCCAUAAGCUUUGCUUGAUGAUUUCUGGACUAUAAAACUCGCCAACGUACAUACUGCAAGAUGUAUCUGAACAUAUACUGGACAUAUACCAGACAUAUUUUCCAUAUUUGUCACCUAACAAGCCAAGGUGUAUAACUCUUCAGGCAUGCAUGAGGGUUGGAAAACGGGGUUUGUCCACUGAUCGCAGAUAACAUAUGUAUGAAAACAUUAUCAAUGUGUUUUGAGUGAUUGAUUAUUUAAAUUGCAUUAACUGAAAUGCCCCGGUCAGCUGCUUACAUUAGCCUAUAUUAUGUAUUUAUUUAAUUGCAUUAGGAAAGGAUUUUAUUUUUGAAAUCUUAAGGGUGUAGUGUAGAAUGAAUAGCAUCCCGGAGAAGAAUGCUUUUGAAAAGAAACAUAUCAACUUUUGAGUUUAAUCUGAGUGUCAAAUCAUUUUUGCUCCUGUAAGUUACACACUAACUGUUGUCAUUACUGUCAUGACCUCUUUCUAACAUUCAUCUGCUAUUAAAGUGUGUUAUCCAAACUACA